AUGCAGGGCUUCAAGCUGAAGGAGAGUAAGAUCAUGAGAAAGAUACUAAAAAAUGUUAGCUUCAAAGGAGAAAACCAGAAUUCAUCAGAGGCCAGAAUGGAAACUCCUAGUUUGAAUCAAGCAUCUGCAUACUCAAGAAGAUGCUUCUAUCAUGAAACCAAAAAGAUCUUUGUUGGUUCCUGGAAUAUUGGAGGCAUUACACCACCCAAGAACUUGGACAUGAAAGACUGGCUUGAUACUGAAAAUAAUUCAGCAGAUAUUUAUGUUCUGGGGUUCCAAGAAAUUGUACCUCUAAAUGCAGCUAACGUAUUAGGUCCAGGAAACAGAAAAGUUUCUACGAAAUGGAAUUCUCUAAUUGGAGCAGCCCUUAACAAUAGGACAGCAGCAAAGGUGGUUGAGGGAGAUAAAAUAGCUGAAUCACAAAAGAUACAUCCUUUGAAGGAACAUAUUUGUGCCGAUGGAGAACAUGGACAAGAUUUCCAGUGCAUCAUAAGCAAGCAAAUGGUGGGAAUGUUCAUUACCAUUUGGGUUCGAUGUGCCCUCUAUCAAAAAAUUAGGCACUUAAGUGUCUCAUCUGUUGGUUGUGGAAUCAUGGGUUGCCUAGGAAACAAGGGUUCAGUAUCAAUCAGAUUUUUCUUGCAUGCAACAAGCUUCUGCUUUGUAUGUAGUCAUCUAGCAUCUGGUGGGAAAGAAGCAGACCGAAGACAAAGAAACGUUAAUGCAACGAACAUUUUGUCCAGGACAAUCUUCCCCUCUGGCCCUCUGCAUGAUAAGCCUCAAAAGAUUAUUGAUCAUGACCGAAUAGUCUGGCUAGGUGACUUGAACUACAGGAUUUAUAUGCCAGACUCUGCAACACAAUCAUUGAUCAAGAGAAGAGAGUGGGAAACCUUGUUGAAGCAUGAUCAGCUCAAGGUGGAGCUCAUGGAUGGCAGUGUGUUCCAAGGUUGGCAUGAAGGAGCUAUAGAGUUUCCACCUACAUACAAAUAUCGCCCAAACUCUAAAGAUUAUCUAGGCUGUGAUCAGCAGCAUUCAAGCAAAAAGGGGCGUUCUCCAGCAUGGUGCGAUAGAAUAAUAUGGUUUGGGAAGGGAAUGAGGCAAAUCCAAUACAACAGGAGUGAGUCAAGACUGUCUGAUCAUAGACCUGUACGAGCAAUGUUCACAGCAGACAUCUGGGUGGCAGGGAAAUGA